CAGUCGGCGCAAAAUUCAGCAGGAAUCCAGACCUUGCUCGAUGCCGAGAGGGAGGCAGCAAAGAUAGUCCAAAAAGAUCGCACCAAGAGGGUGAGAGAAGCGCGUGAUGAGGCGAAGAAGGAAAUCGAGGCGUAUCGGGCAAAGAAGGAAGCCGAGUACAAGAAGUUCGAGGCCGAGCACACACAAGGCAACAAGCAGGCCGAGGAGGAAGCCAACCGCGAAGCUGACGUCAAGAUCCAAGAGAUCAGGGAGGCUGCUAAGAAGGGGCAGGACAAGGUCAUUGAGGAUCUGCUUACCGCUGUUUUUGAGGUCAAGUCUAUGCCGGUCUCUUGA